AGCAAACAAGCCCACAGACUCCGCACACGCACAAUUUUUGCGGAGCAAAGCAAUCGCCAUGUGGAAACCUACUGUACUGCUCGCCGCUGCGCUGGCAAUUCCCGCUCAGGCGCUGCACUUCUUCAUUGACGGCGCAGUCCAGAAGUGCUUCUUCGAGGAGCUUCCCAAAGAUACUCUAGUCGUUGGCCACUACCACGCCGAAGUAUGGGACGAUGCGACCAAGUCCUUCCAAUCGAAGCCAGACGUAGGCGUCUUCAUCACCGUUGAGGAGACGUUCGACAACAACCACCGCAUUGUCGCCCAACGUGGUGCUCGUGAGGGCAAGUUCACCUUCAGCGCUGCCGAUUCCGGACAGCACCGCAUUUGCGUUACUCCUCAGAAUGUGCAGAGCGGAGGAUGGUUGGGCAGUGGCAUCCACGGCUCCGUCAAGUUCACACUGGAUAUGGCUAUUGGAGAGACAAGUAGAAUCGAGAGCACAGACAAGGCCCAUGUCCAGACACUGGUGGAGAAGGUUCAGGACUUGAACUCGAGGUUACAGGAUGUCAGGCGCGAGCAGAUCUUCCAGAGGGAGCGCGAAGCCGAGUUCCGCGACCAAUCUGAGAGUACGAACUCCCGUGUCGUCCGAUGGACCCUGAUCCAACUCGCUGUACUUGGUGUCACUUGCGCGUGGCAACUGACGCACCUGCGAGCAUUCUUUGUCAAGCAGAAGCUUGUAUGAGUUACGAGGUUGGGGAUGGUUGGAUGUGGCAAUACCAUACAGGGACGGAAAAGAGGCAUGCUGGGUCACAUGCAUCGAUGCAUUGUACUGUAGGCUCCGGCGUUGGAAAAGGCAUCAGGUUUAGCGUUUGACAUUGAAUGGAGCGAAGCAUCUUAGCUCGGAUACGUUCUCGACCAUGAGCUACGUGCCAGGUUCUUGCUCAGCAACUGGUCUUUGACAAAGCCAUGGGCAAAUUUCGACAAGUUCAGUGGAGAAUCUAAGGGCAAAUCCUAUGGAAGCUCAACACAAUACAGAGAACUGGAGGCAUCCAAACUGCUAGCACUGCCUGAUUUUGUGCAAGGCGCUCAUGGGCUCGACAGUGACGCCGAU